UACAUCGUGCUAUUGAUACUUCAGAACCUAAAGGAAAUAAAAAAGGCUUAUCCCAAUUAAUUUUGUAUCCUUAUAUCUUCUUGGCAUUGAUAUUUAUAUAUUACUUUAUGGCUUAUUUUUCUUUUUUCUUUUCCUCUUUUCUCGUUUGCCUUUUUCUUUUCCUUUUUCAAAAACGUUUAAUAAAAAAUAUUAAAGGGGGAAAAAAAGUAUGUGCACGAGACAGAGCUGAAUCAAGCAACCAUUCUCUGAGUUUUCCUGACAGCCACCCAUGCUGCUCUUCAAAUCUCAAAUUAGCAUUGAAAUAUCAGUACAGAACCACCAAAGAACCUGCCUACUAAAAAGAAAUGGAUUGGAUCGUUCCUAUUUCAAUACUGUUCCUAUAUUCUCUUAUGAUUAUGCUCCUUUUGAAAAUGGGCAACAUCUGGAAGAACAGCUCUAAAGAUUUUCCACCAGGACCUAGGCCUUUACCUGUUGUUGGAAACCUCCACAUAAUGGAUCUGAAGAAACUUUACCAUACAAUGUUAAAGCUAUCAAAACAGUAUGGACCUGUCUUCAAAAUCCAGCUGGGAACCCAGAAAAUAGUGGUGCUAGCAGGAUAUGAGACUGUAAAAGAAGCUCUGGUGAAUAAGGCUGAUGUGUUUGCUGAGAGGGCCCAUGUCCCCAUAUCUGAGGAGUUUUCAAAGGGUUUUGGAGUAGCUUUUUCCCAUGGUGAGAACUGGAAGGUGAUGAGGCGAUUUAUGUUAACCACAUUACGGGACUAUGGAAUGGGUAAGCGGUCUAUGGAGAGCAGAAUAGCUGAAGAGUGCAGUUUCCUGAUAAAGAAGUUUGAAUCCUAUAGAGGAAAACCAUUUGAAUUCAGAGCAAUUAUGACUGCAGCUGUUGGCAAUAUCAUUGUAUCCAUUUUACUUGGGAAGCGAUAUGAAUAUGAAGAUCCAAGAUUUAUUAAAUUAUUGAGCUUGGCAACAGAAAAUGCCCGGCUUAUGGGAAUCCCCCCAAUUCUGCUAUAUAACAUGUUUCCCAUCCUUGGCUUCCUUAUUGGGGCUCGUAAGAAAGUCCUGAAUAACAGAAAGAAAUUGCAUGCUUUCAUAAAUGAAAGCUUCAUCAAAUGUCUCAACAAUCUAGAUGAAAAUGACACCAGAAACUUUAUUGAUUCAUAUCUUGUACAACAACAACAGGAAAGGAAGACGCGGAACAAUGGAUAUUUCCAUGUUAAAAAUCUAGAAGAGUCUGUGACGAAUCUAUUUGUUGCUGGUGUGGAAACAACUUCAAGCACUCUGUUCUGGGCCUUCACUCUAAUGAUAAAAUACCCUUUAAUUCAGAAAAAGAUCCAGGAAGAAAUAGCAAACGUUGCUGGGUCUGCUCAGCCCAGAGCUGAACACCGAACAAAAAUGCCAUACACAGAUGCUGUACUUCAUGAAGUUCAAAGAUAUGCUGAUAUUCUUCCCUUAAACUUGCCACAUGCAACUACAACGGACGUUACCUUUAAGGGCUACUUCAUUGCAAAGGGCACCCAUGUCAUUCCGUUGCUGACUUCUGUGCUCCACGAUGAAUCUCAGUGGGAGAAGCCAUAUGCUUUCUACCCUGAACAUUUUCUCAACGCUGAAGGAAAAUUUGUAAAAAGAGACGCAUUUAUGCCUUUCUCUGCAGGUCGGAGAGUAUGUCCAGGUGAGACCCUUGCCAGAACAGAAAUGUUCAUGUUCUUCACGAGCCUUCUGCAGAGAUUCACCUUCCAGCCAGCUCCUGGAUUAUCAAAAGAAGACCUGGACCUGACCCGUGCAGUUGGGUUUACAACGCCGCCCAAGACUUACACGUUAUGUGCUUUACCACGUUCCUCCAUCUAGGAACCUUGUCAGGAUCUACGCAAGCUAAAAACCAUAGUUUCAUUUAAUUUAGACUAGCAAUGCAUACUAAACAGUUAAAUGAUUAAAGUGUUAAUUGCAGGCCCGCUUGCUUGUUCCUGCCAACUUUGAGAAUGAGUGUGCAGACUCUGACAAACAUUCAGAGACUCAUGAGUCUGGAUUGCUUAGCUGCAUCUGUCUUUCUUGGAGCCUUUUUUACAACAUCUACUUUUUGGGUGUUGUCUUUUGGUGGCCUUGACCUAUGCAUUCUCUUAAACAUUAGUAGUAGACAAGGGAUAUAUCAAAAUUGGCCCUUAGUUAUUGUAUCAAUCACUACAUAAAGAACAAUCA